GAACAUUGACUGUUGCUUCUACAUUGAUAAAGUCUGAUCAUAAAGUUACUGGUACCUUCCCCAUGUCAAACUUGAAUUCAAUAUUAAGGGGACAAGGUGACAUCAUCCCAACUCUCAUUUUAAUACACCAAUGGCAACUUGAUAUUAUCUUACCUAAUUUAAAUAAGUACUGCCUUGGAACCAACAUCAUAGAAGCAGUUGUCAAGUCAACAUAUCCUUCAGUGCUGCUGUGAACCGCAUCACAAGAGACAUGCAAUUUCAAUGUUGUUUUGUGGAUCACCAAAUUUUCUUGAGCUGAUUUUACUACAACACUGCUGGUAGUUAGCCGUGAAAGAAAAACACAUUUUCAGAAUGACUAUUCAGGACCUUUAAAUAAUAAAAUAUUAACGAUGACAUAUCCACUUAGGAUCUCACUCAGUGAUGCCCAUAGGACUGAAAAUAGAUAAAUGAAGCAACCAUGUCUCUGUCAUUAACAAAAUCAAUCAUGGGUGGUAACUCUACAACUCACUUGAAUGGCAAAGCACUCUGGGAAAUAUGGAAAUCAAGCUUUACACUUAGCAGUGUGUUAAUUUGGGGCGGCAGGUAGCCUUGUGGUUAGAGUGUUAGGCCAGUAACCGAAAGGUAGCUGUAUCAAUAUUCCGAGCUGACAAGACAAAAAUCUGUCAUUCUGCCCCUGUAAAUAAGAAUAUGCUCUUAAAUAACUUGCCUAGUAAAAAGAAAAUACACUCUUCAGUGUCUAUUCAAGUCCACACUUUGAGUGUUAAUUUAACACAGGGUAUUUUUGAUGUGUAUCAGCUGUUGAUUCAAAGAGAUACAGUAUACAUGAGUAUAAUUAUAAGUAUUGUGCGCCUGUUUUUUUGGUUGGUGUUUGUCUUUUACAUAUGCAUGUGUGUUUCUCUGGGAAAGAAUGUGUUUUAUGUACUAGUUGGAACAUACACACAAACACACUCAGUAACGGUAGUAGUAUUAAUGAGGACCAUCAGGCCAUGUGUCCAUGGGUCUUCUCCCUCUAGUGUAUGACGUGACGAGACCACUGUGUACUUCCGUUACCCUGUCACAGGCCAACAGACUCCUGUUUAAAAUCCAAGUCGACAUAGCUUUUCAAAGGACAAGAACGUAAUGCACAUUGGCUAGAUUGUCUCCUUUUUUUGCAGCUUGUAUUAGUUGAAAACAUUAAAGAUUAAAUGUAUGGGUGUCAGAUAACAGAUUGGAUAGAUAUGCUAUUUUAAUCAUGUAAGUGGUCUCGAUUAGUCUGAAUUGGCGUGAUAAAAAUGUUUUUAGUAGUACCAUAUUCUAACUGCAGGUGGAAGCUUGUGAUACAUCACUGACAUGGAGAGGAAGGUGCAGUUAGAAGAAGGAGGAGAGAGAGAGGGAGGAAAUAAGGGAGGGAGUGAAAGCGAGUGACAUGGGGAGAAAAUGGGCAGAGAAUUUGUGUCUGUCAUGUCAUCACUGAAGACUGUCCGUGGUAUCCCGUGUUCAGAGAACAGGGGUGCGGAGUUCCAGCGUGUCUCCCAGCAGAUGUGGAAGGCUAAGUUGCUGCGUCAGGAGCAGAGCUAAAAGGCUAACAUCUGAGAAGCAGAGAGGACGACAACAUGCCUCCCUGACCACCGCCAGCGCCAUCCCUAUUUGCAUACAACCUUCAGGAUAUCCCCUCGGUGAAGAUGUAGUCCAACUGGUUGCCUAGGAGAUGUUUCUAAACAGGGCUUCCUCUUGGCGCCGUCCCCGUGCCCUGUUGCUGUGGACUCUGUGGGUUCUACUCCUCCCCUCAACUGUCACCCUGACCACAGGCCCCGGCAACAGCACCCUGCUCUUUGACAGCACCGACAACAGCAACAGCCUGCGGAACUGCAGCUGCUCCACCCACAUCCAGGACUGUGACGAGGCGCUGGCCAACCUGCUGUGCAGCUGCCACACUGUUCUGCGCUCCAAGCUGACCCCCGGUGGCCUGAGGGAGCAGGGAGGACUGACUGUGUGGCUCAGAGAGCCCUGGGUUCUCACAGAGCUGCUGAAUGGCAGUGUGGUGCUCGAUCUCAGCCUGUCGUUCUGUGGCACUGGCACCCUGGCCAUCCCCAACCAAUACCUGGCCCUGUUUGGCCUCCGUAGGCUGAGGGUCUAUAGUGCUGCCCAGGACGCUCCACACCUGGAGCAGGUCCUCACCAUCUCCUCUAGGAGUAGGGAUAUGGAGGGGAUGGGGUACCUCUCCUCCACUGACCCCACCUCCCCCUCCUCCGUUCUCCAUGUAUCCAUCCUGGAUGUGUCAGUGCUAAAUGGGUUGUCGUCCCUGAAGGCCUACAGUGUGAGUGCCACUCCCAUGUCCACCCUCUUCCAAUACUUCCCCCACCUGCCCCUACAUCCCUCCACCACCCUGGAUCAGCCCCCGGAGCCCCAACAGGACUGCCUCCUCACCUUCAUAUACUAGACCUGUAGGCUCUGAGCUCAGAGCUAGAUCUGUGCAAACUAGACUGGGCUGGAUGGAUGACACAGGUGCCUACAAGAGCUCCAUCCACCCAGAUGUUACUGAAUGGGCUUGAUGUGCAGAGAGCUGUGCUGCUUUUCAAUGUGUGUCUAUAUGGUGCAUUUUUACAGUGCAGGAAAAAACAAACACUAUUAUCUGUCCUCAAGAGGACUCUGGACAAGAAAACACAACCAUCUCUGAGAAGAAGAUGGAAUCAUAUUUCAAUAUCAUUGCAAGAGAAAGGGAGAGGUCUGGUUAGGUGAGAGUAAGACAACGAUGGCAUCCGUCUGCUGCUCUACAAACUGACAGAGCUUGUAGACCUGCUGCUGACAGUUAAAUUUUCCAGCUGCUCUUUUCUCUCGGUUAUUGCGUGCAGAUGGCCUAUUAAAACAUGUUGUUUUGAAACCGGUUACGAUGGCUGCCUUAUAAAUGGGCCAGCCUGAUUAGAACCUUGUUGGAUCAUCAGGCGAUGGACUUCACUCUUCGUGACUGUACAGUUCUGAAUCCACCUACUUAAGCUGGACUUGGUUGGGGUUUUAUUGAAGAUGAAGCUAAAAGCGUUUUGGACUGGUUUGAUCUGGAGAUUGGUCCGGCCCAUGCUGGAUUGAUUACAUCACUCUGUUUCUGGUGUUCUAGAAUUCAGGGUUGUCCUGGAACAACCUUGGAGUGGAGUGUUCUCCUCUCUAUGUUCCACAAUGUGUUCUUCGGCUCAUGUUCUAGAACAGGGAUGGGCAAACUUUUUGGCUCGAGGGCCACAUUGGGAUUUUGAAAUUCAACAGAGGGAUGCACAUUAUUUUUUUUCACUAAAUAAUAAUUCCCCCAUCAAAAGUUUGUAAAAAAAAUACUCAAACCUCCCGCCGGAUUGAACGUAGUUUGCCCACUCCUGUUCUAGAAUGACCAUGUAUAUUUACUGUAGUACCUUGACCAGGGACCUACUAUAGACCAGCCUAGUAAGGGUUAAUAAAUUGUACUCAUGGUGUAAAAAAAAAGAAGGAGCAUGCAAAGAGGUGUUAGGAACUCAGAAAACGAAUGGCACCAAUCUGGUCUUUAUUUCCAUCUCACAUCCUGAGAGAGACGUAAACAUUCAAUUCAUCUAAAACCACUCUCACAAACAAAGACUGCAGCCAACACUUCUGUUCUGUAGAUCAUCCAGUGUCUGAGUGUGUGUGUCUACGCGAUGUAUGCAUGUGAACAGUGCAUUCGGAAAGAAUUCAGACCCUUUCACCUUUUCAACAUUUUGUUACAUUACAGCCUUAUUCAAAAAUGUAUUAAAUUAUUUUUUCCCUCAUCAAGCUACACACCCAUAAUGAGAAAUGAAAAACUUUUUUUUGUGCAAAUGUAUUUUAAAAUAAAAAACAGAAAUAGCUUAUUUCUUAUAUUUACAUAAGUAUUCAGACCCUAUGCUAUGAAACUCGAAAUUGAGCACAGGUGCAUACUGUUUCCAUUGAUCAUUCUUGAGAAGUUUCUACAACUUGAUUGGAGUCCACCUGUGGUAAACUCAAUUGAUUGGACAUGAUUUGGAAAGGCACACGUCUGUCUAUAUAAGGUCCCACAGUUGACAGUGCAUGUCAGAGCAAAAGCCAAGCAAUGAGGUCGGAGGAAUUGUCUGUAGGGAUACCAAGACAGGAUUAUGUCGAGGCACAGAUCUGGGGAAGGGUACCAAAAAAUGUCUGCCGCAUUGAAGGUCCCAAAGAACACAGUAGCCUCCAUCAUUCUUAAAUGAAAGGAGUUUGGAACCACCAAGACUCUUCCUAGAGAUGGCCGCCGGCCAAACUGAACAGUCAGGAAGGUGACCAAGAACCCGAUGGUCACUCUGACAGAGCUCCAGAGUUCCUCUGUGGAGAUGGGAGAACCUUCCAGAAGGACAAUCAUAUCUGCAGCACUCCACCAAUCAGACCUUUAUGGUAGAGUGGCCAGAAGGAAGACACUCCUCAGUAAAAGGUACAUGACAGCCCACUUGGGAGUUUGCCUAAAGGCAUUCAAAGAUUCUCAGACAAUGAGAAACAAGAUUCUCUGGUCUUAUGAAACCAAGAUUGAACUCUUUGGCCUGAAUGUCUGUAGGAAACUUGGCACCAUCCCUACGGUGAAGCAUGGUCGUGGCAGCAUCAUGCUGUGGGGAUGUUUUUCAACAGCAGGGACUGGGAGAUCAGUCAGGAUCGAGGGAAAGAUGAACGGAGCAAAGUACAGAGAGAUCCUUGAUGAAAACCUGCUCCAGAGCGUUUAGGACCUCAGACUGGGGUGAAGGUUCACCUUCUAACAGGAUACCGACCCUAAGCACACAGCCAAGACAACGCAGGAGUUGCUUCGGGACGUCUCUGAAUGUAUUCGAGUGGCCCAGCCAGAGCCGACUUGAACCUGAUCUAACAUCUCUGGAGAGACCUCAAAAUAGCUGUGCAGCGAUGCUCCCCAUCCACCCUGACAGAGCUUGAGAGGAUCUGCAGAGAAGAAUGGGAGAAACUCCCCAAAUAAAGGUGUGCCAAGCUUGUAGCGUCAUACCCAAGAAGACUUGAGGCUGUAAUCGCUGCCAAAGGUGCUUCAACAAAGUACUGAGUAAAGGGUCUGAAUACCUCUAUCAUCUUUUUUUUGCUAUGUCAUUAUGGGGUGUGCAGAUUUAUGAGGGAAAAACGAUUUAAUCCAUUUUAGAACAAGGCUGUAAAAUAACAAAAUGUGGAAAAGUCAAGGGGUUUGAAUACUUGAAUGCUCUGUACAUGCAUAGGUGUGUGCAUAUUAUUUUCUAAUCUACAUAUUGUAACCCUAUGGGCCCUGGUCAAAAGUAGGGCACUAUAUAGGGAAUAGGGUGCCAUUUGGGAUGUGGGCACUCACUAAUGACUGUUGAUGUUGGAAUCUGUAUUUCCGCUAUAAUCUCUCAAGCACAGGCUCACUCUGUACAGCCAGAAAUCUGGCAUUAGUCUUUCCCAUCUGGGGAAUGUAUGAAUAGACACCUCUGAAAACCAUUACCUGUGGAUUAAACAUUCAGGCUAGGUCAUCAAAAAUGUGUUGCUCCUUGCUCUAACCCUCUGCCUCUUACGGAAAAACCACAUGAUUUCACAUGUGCCAAACAUAUGGAAAUGUCACAUGUGAAAUGAUGGGAUUUAUAUGUGAUAAUAUUUCACAUGUGGAUAUCACGUUGUGGAUCAACAUUUUCAAAUGAGAUUUCAUAGAUGAUGCCCUACAAACAAAAAUAAGUUAUGAUACACAUUGUGUUUUCAGCGUACAUAUUUGACAAACAUGACUAUACUAGCUAGGUUUCCAUCCAAUUGGCAACACAUUUUAAUGUGAAUAUUCUAAAAUCCGCAUGAAAACAAGAUGUGUUUCCAUCAAAUUGACUUGUUGCAGAUAAAAGUGAUGAUGCAGUGCACAUAAAAAUACAUUUUGCAGUUAAAUUCCCAUAUACCGAAUAAAAAAUACAAGUUAA